UAGCUCUGCGCAGGCGCUUGAGGAAAGAGGCGGAGGUGCGGGGUAGGAGACCCCUGGUCCCGGAAGUGUGCCGUUUCCAGGGAGCGGACCGGGUUGAGAACCGGUGCGGCGGAGCUGAGUCUCGGAGAGCGGCGGCGGCGGCAGCAGCAGCCAUGUCGGCCUUCGACACCAACCCCUUUGCCGACCCCGUCGACGUCAACCCCUUCCAGGAUCCUUCAGUCACGCAACUGGCACACGCUAACCAGGGUGGCCUGGAUGAAUUCAACCCCUUCUCUGAGAGCUCCCGGCUGACGAAUGUGGCUCAGACAGUUCCAGCUGCUCAGCCCACUGGGCCUUCGCAACCUGCUGUGCUGCAGCCUUCGGUGGAACCUACCCCGCAGGCUGUGGCCUCAGCAGCUCAGGCUGGGCUCCUUCAGCAGCAGGAGGAGCUGGAGAGGAAAGCAGCAGAGUUGGACAGGAAGGAGCGUGAGCUGCAGAACAGUGCAGCAGCAUUCAAUCCGAAACAGAACAACUGGCCCCCACUUCCCAAAAGCUGCCCGGUCAAGCCAUGUUUCUACCAAGACUUCUCUGCAGAUAUCCCAGCCGACUACCAGCGGACUUGCAAGAUGCUAUAUUACCUGUGGAUGUUCCACUCAGUUACACUGCUGCUGAACCUGCUGGCCUGCCUGGCGUGGUUCACAGACAGAAGCGAAAGAGGGGUAGACUUCGGCCUUUCCAUCCUGUGGUUUGUCAUAUUCACCCCCUGCGCUUUCCUCUGUUGGUAUCGGCCAGUCUACAAGGCUUUCAGGUCUGACAGUUCCUUCAGUUUCUUUGUCUUCUUCUUCGUAUUUUUUUGCCAGAUUGCCAUCUACAUCAUCCAGGCCAUUGGCAUUCCUAACUGGGGCGUCAGCGGCUGGAUUGCAGCUCUCUCGGAGACUGGGCAUAACUUGGCAGUGGCAAUCAUCAUGAUAGUGGUGGCUAUGUUCUUCACCGUCUGUUCCAUUCUCGCUCUCUUCCUCUUGAAGCAGGUCCACUCUCAGUAUCGCCGGACGGGCGCCAGCUUCCAGAGGGCCCAGGAGGAGUUCUCGCAAGGCAUCCUCACCAACCGGACCGUCCAGAACGCUGCUGCUGGGGCCGCCUCAACUGCUGCCCAGGGCGCUUUCCGGGGGAACUGAAGUCCCCCAGACAGGGCGAGCGUCUUGUUCUCUUCCACACGUGCUCUCACCACUCCCUGGUCUUCCACAGUUCAGGAGGCUCUCUCCAUGGGUACCAGUCUUGGCACCGAGAUACUUGCCGGAAGAGGCAUAUCUUGAGCUUUGUCCUGCCUGCAUCUGUGUCUCUCUGGUGGGAAGGGCCAGGGCAGUGUAUGGUGUUUUUUCUUCCCCACCCCCAAUCUUGUAAAUCAAAUAUAUUUCCCCAUUUAGACUUGGGUGUGUACAUUUCCUUCACUCCUUCCUUCUAUUGCAGGGGUUUGGGGGAAGCCAGAUUUGCACUUUUUAACUUUUCUUCCACUAGACGCUGCCAUGAGGAAUGGACUUUUUUCUUCCUAACAUCAGUCCUUGGGGUGCUAUCAGAAGUCGCUGCACUUCUUGCUUUUGUGUUUUAAUUAGUUGCUGAUCUUUCACUGGCAUGGUAAGGGAUGUUUGGGGGCAAGUUUUGGUGUACACGUCUACUCUGUGAUCGAAGGGAGUGCAAGUGGAGAAAUGAUUUGCCUUCUUGCUUAAUUCUUCCCUGCUGCUCAGUUAAAUGUAACUUGACUGGUAGAGCAUAAAAUCCCUCCAUCCCCCCACCCUCAGCAAAAGGUGGCUUCCUGUGGAUUCUUGUGGGUGCAUCCUUCACCCUAGCCUUAAUUUUUUGGGUGUUGGGGACUCUUCGCCCACUCCAUGACCACCCUGGAGGUUCCUUGCUUGCAACACUGGUUUUUGGAUGUAGGGAUGGAGUCUGAGUCAUCAAAUCGUCUUUGAGGGGAAGGGGCAAUCACCUCUCAGCAGUCUUUUCAGUAUUUGCUGUGAUCCUGCCCUGAUCUCAGUUGAUAUCCCAACUUCUGCCCCAAGGUGUUCUCCUCUUCUCCAGCCAGCCGCUCUCUCAGCACUCCAGGGAAUGAGGAACUCUAGAAAGAAAACAAGAGUUGUCUGAGAGAAGGGGCAAGAUUAGCUGAAGAGCCUGUUUGCUUAAGGGGGGGGGGACUUAACAUAACCACCGUCUGGCUGGAUGUGUGACAUGGCACUUAGUUGUGAUCCAUGGAAAGAGCCUUCAUUGGCGGUGAUUUUGGUAUAGCAAAUGAAUGGCUAUUUUCACCAUACUUCCAUGUUUUUCUACCCCAGGGGAAGAACCCCAUUAUCCUGAGAAGGUUUGAAGUGGUGGCGUCUCUGCCCUUCUCUCUCUCUCUUUCUCUCUCUCUCUCUCUCUCUUUCUCUCUCUCUCUCUCUCUCACACACACACAAAGGGAAUCCCUAGUUUUUGUUUGCUUGUCUCCUUGAACACAAGCUAUGAAGAAUAUUCAUCCCCUUAAGCUUCACUUGAGUGAAUUGGAACUGCAGGUUAGGCCUUGGAGUCUGUUUGAAUGGGUGGUGCAAACUGUGAACCUUGUAACUCCCAUGGACUGAAAGGGGCAGGAUUGCGAAGGGGGAGGGGGAGGCAGUAACUUGACCAGGGGCAGAGAAAGGAGCAUGUGUCAGAACCAGGAGCUGAACUUGGGCUUCAGAAAUGCCUCGAGAUACACUGGGUGUGUAACUGGAAGCUCUGUUUUAGCCUAUUUGAACAAAGGGGUGUAGAAGAAGCAAGAACCAGCCACCCUACCACCUCCUAAACUGCAUGCUUGCUUGCUUGGACUCUUGUCUCCAAGAGGUGUGCUUUGUCUUGGGAAAAUGUAGAUGACCAGGAAUAUUGCUCUUAAGUCACUAAAAGAUCUGUCACUCAUGGCUAUUUCUCUAACACUUUGGCUUAGCUGAUCGGAAAUGCAUAUGGGGCUCCAUGAGCUGAGCUGCCUGCAGGCUGCUUUCAGUGGAAGCACAAGGGAAUGUUCAGAGGAGUAAGACACUGGAAGUCUUGCUGACGGGUUUUCUUUGCUUUUGCUUGUUUUCACAAUCUCAGUGUCUUUUCUGAAAUAGUUCCUUUUAUUGUUUCCAAACCUCUCUCCUGGAGGGUUAACAUAGCCCAUCACAUCCCAGAAAAGUGUCUGCUGAUGUCGUGUCUUUUUCUCUCUCCCUCCCCACCUCCCCCUUUUGAGUAAAAGUAAUGAUGGCAGAAAUGAGAUUUUUUAAAUGUCUUCCCUUCCUGGGUGUAUUUUCCAGCUCUCUGAUUUUUUUCAUGUAAAAAUGUAUAUGUCGAAACUUUUUGUGCUCAGAUACAAAAAUAAAAAUGUCAAGACUGUUA